AUGAGUGAUAGAGUUGCUUUUGGUUGCACUGCACCUUUGUGUUUGUUUGAUGGUGAACCAUAUAUAAUCGUAUACGAUCCUGGUAAACGUGUUCAAAUUAGACGGAAAGAUCUGGCUCCAUUCGAAUCCAUAUUAGAUAUAUUUCACAACGAGAAAGAAUGGACUAAUGCGUUGAAUAUUGCAACAGAGAGAAGUUGGAGCAUCCUGCUAAUAUUCCCUCACCAAACCGAGAUACAAAUCACAACGUUUGUCACGCGGCACGUUCUCAAUCGUUCUCAGUUACAUUCGAUAUAUUUGAUACUUCGAGAUGAAGUCCGAUGCAAUGCGCAGCUGACAAACAUGUUACAAUCACAGUUGUACUGGUGUCGGCCUCUGACAACCGAGCUGUCUCGUGAUUUUAUUUUAUCGCAUCGUUAUAUUGUCUAUUAUGUGGUGCUGACAAAUGAUGAGUGUUACCAAUGUGUGCCUUCUGUCAAGAUUGUAUCUGUCAUCAAAUCCCAAACUAAAUUUUGA